GACCUCAAAGCCAUCAGCCAGGCGCAGAUCCAGCGGGUACUAGCGCUGAUGCCCGUCAUCACUGCGGAAGACGCCGAGGCACAUCAGGACUUCAAGCAACCGCCUCCGCCAGAGGACCGCGCGGCGCAGUCAGCCUACAGAAAGGAGGCCAACGCCAAAGUGGCGUCCCUCGCAGCCCUGGCCGAUGCGGCGACGCGUGCGGGACAGUGCCCCCAGGAGACCAUCAUGAGGGUGGCGGUGGUGCGGCAUUGCAUCGGCAGGCUCAAGCCACUCGACCAGCAGUUGUCGACAGCGAAGGACAGCGAGGCUAAAGCUGUCAACGAGAUAGAGGCCCUGCACACCAUCGUCGCGGACCUCGAGCAGGAGCAGCAGGACGAGAAGGCAGCGCUGGAGGAGGCGAAGGACGUCGAUAUGGGAAGCAGGAGCAGGUGCCGUGAAGCCUUCGCGGCUGUCGCCAUCGUCCUCUGCCGCGCAGCCUGCUGCGGAUCAUGGGAAGGUGACAGGCAGCGCGUCUGGCACCCAGAUGCCGCCUCAGGCCUCAGUGCAGCAGACAGCGGCAGCGCCACAGUGGCCCGUGCCGCCAUCGGCGCCUCCGCUUGCACCACCCCCUGCUACGGGCGCGGCGCGCCAGGCAGCUUCUUCGACUGGUGCUUCGGGAUCGUCGAUACCAAUGGUAUGGUGCGAGGCAUGGCCCCCAACGGCACAGGCACCCAUGGUCGCCACUGGGCGCAGGCCAACCACCAUCGAGCUGCAGAGGUGCAGACCUACACGUCGCAGAUCACGGUGAGCCCGACGAUGCCAGCGGCGCAGAGCAGCCAGCCUUCGCAACCUGCAUCCCACCCCGAAAUGCAGCGCAGGCUGACAGCAGCGGGGUCUCAGGCUGCGACGGCCUCAGCAGCAGCGGUGGCGGUCCCAGUGGACGAAGAAUGGCAGGAGUUAGGCCCAACUCAGAUGUGGGGCAUGGCUCAGCAGCAGCAGCAGCAGCAGCAGCACCAAGUGGACGACGUGGCAGUGCAGAAGGAGACGCCCUACAGGGAAGCGAUGGAAGCGACGCAGCCGUUCGAGCCCGAGGAAAUGGAGAUAGUACCGGCACUGCAUUCCAAAAUCCUUACCGAGCGGCAGCCACUUACGACAGGGGAAACGCCACCAAGGAAGUACCACCGGCAGGAGGGCGAGGAGGGCGACGUUUAG